AAUGACGACACAAGCGUUUGUUUUAAGAAAAAAUGUUGUUUGGGGAAAUAUAAAUAAAGGGCUCUCUUUUUUCAACAAUUAGCAAGGUCGGUCAGGCGAAGGAGCAAGCGAGUAGCGAUAUUAAAAGUCAAUUUCUAUCUUUGUGCUUCUUCAGUUACUUGAGCUAUGGGGAAGAGGAAGUCGAAAUCAAAACCACCUCCAAAGAAAAGAAUGGACAAACUUGACACUGUUUUCAGCUGUCCUUUCUGUAGUCAUGGCACCAGUGUUGAAUGUCGCAUUGAUAUGAAGAACUUGAUUGGGGAGGCAAAUUGCAGGAUUUGUCAAGAGAGCUUCAGCACCACUGUUACAGCACUGACAGAAGCCAUUGACAUAUACAGUGAAUGGAUUGAUGAGUGUGAACGUGUGAACAACCUCGAAGACGAUGAUGGUUCUUAGGUUCUAGUGACAGUUUGCUUCAGUUGUGUAGACAGUAGCCGGAGAUGAUCUAAAGCUAAGCUAAGCUUGAUAUCAGUUCUGGUGAUGCUUUUAUGUUUCGCUACUUAAGUUGUACCUAAACUAACGAAAGCCUCUCUGGUUCCAUAAAUAAGCCCUAUGUGUGACCGGCUUUCUAUGUUCGGAUAGUUUGAAAUAUGUGUAGUUGUUAUCGUGUAUUAUAUUCUAAAUGUCGUGUGAGAUUGAAUUUAGCUCCGUAUGAUCAAGUAGAUUUCAACCA